GUCAGGACUGUUUACAGGAAACAUGGCUUCCGUGUCUGUAGCAGAGCCCCAAGAAAUGGAAGUAGACCGAAGGGGUGAUUCUGAAGAGUCUGGUGAUGAUGAGAGCAGGAGGAGAAGUAUCAAUGGCGAUGUGGACCCUAACCAACCCACUGCAACCAGUAAAGAAGAAUCCCCGGUUGACAUGGACACCAUAACAUUGGACCCAGAGGAAGAGGAUGUUGAUCUUGUUCACUGUCGGAUUGGAAGAAUUGAGGGACUUGAGGUGCUACAGAAGGCUAAAACACUUUCACUACGACAGAACCUCAUCAAAAAGAUAGAAAACCUUAAUAGUUUGCGCUCACUGCGGGAACUAGAUCUUUAUGACAAUCAAAUCCGCAAACUGGAGAACCUGGACAACCUCACAGAGUUAGAGCAGCUUGAUGUGUCCUUCAACAUUCUGAGAAAAGUGGAGAAUUUGGAAAGCAUGACUCAGCUGAAGAAACUUUUUCUGCUUCACAACAAAAUUACCAGUAUUGCCAAUCUUGACCACCUGUCAGGUCUGGAGAUGCUGGAGCUAGGCUCCAAUCGCAUUAGGGUCAUUGAUAACCUGGAUGCACUUUCAUCUUUGACAAGUUUGUUUCUUGGCACAAAUAAAAUUACAAAGCUUCAGAAUCUGGAUGGUUUACAUAACCUCACUGUUUUAAGCAUUCAGAGUAACCGGAUUACUAAAAUUGAAGGAAUGCAGAACCUUGUCAAUCUGAAAGAGCUCUAUCUGAGCCACAAUGGCAUUGAGGUCAUUGAGGGCCUGGAAAACAAUAAAAAGCUUACCACACUGGACAUUGCUGCCAACAGAGUAAAGAAAAUUGAAAAUAUCAGCCAUCUGACAGAGAUGCAGGAGUUUUGGAUGAAUGAUAAUCAAAUAGAAAACUGGGCAGACCUCGAUGAGCUGAAGAAUGCCAAGACUCUGGAAACCGUUUAUCUUGAGAGAAACCCGCUACAGAAAGAUCCACAGUACCGGAGAAAGAUCAUGCUGGCAUUGCCAAGCGUACGCCAGAUCGACGCCACCUUUAUCCGCUUCUAAACUGCUGUGUAUGAUCCACCUGCCAGCCUCACAGUGUUUUCCCCUCACUUAUCUGCCUGUCCUGCUUAUAAACGCAACACCUUUGAAACAUAUUGGCCUCACUAUAUCACAUAAUCACUCCAUACACAAUAACAUUCCAACACAAAACUCCCCCACGGCUCACUGAACAUACAUACAUACAUGCACGCAUGCAUGUAUGCAAUCAUUCAAACCUUGUUCUAUGCUAUUGUGUGAUAACUUUAUUUAUUAAGGCAGAACUGUGAAAAGAAACGACCCAACACUCAUAAUGUUUUCCUCUGCACUUUGUUUCUCCUGUUGUUUUGUGUGUGGGGUAUAGUUUUGGUGCCCAGUCAUGCAGUGCACAGCAGGAAAAUGGAGUCAGACUUAUAAAGUACAUUAUUGAAGUUGCACUGUUGUUGUCACAUUACACGGUGUGGCACGAUGACAAGGAAAAAAGAAGGGAAGGUCUUUUUUUUUGUAACUUUUUCUCUUUAUUUCUUCUCUCAUUGGGUUUCCCCUUACUUGGCUGCCAAAUUUACCAGUUAAAAGAAACAUCUGAAACAAAAAGCCUUAAACCAUAUUAACACCAUACUGAUUUAAAGCAACACUGAAAAGUGAUACUUGCAUAAAUCAGUUUUUGAAGAGCAACAUCCUUUUACUGGUGCAUUUAUUUUAAUAAACUGGCAUUGCAGCAACUGAAGGGGAGAUGUUGGUGACCAGACACCUUGUCUUUUCCUGGUCCAAGCAUUUUUCUAUCUGGUAGGUCAUCUUCCUGGUUAAUGAAUGUGACCUCUGCAGUAAAUAAAACUCAUGGUAAUGUCAAAUAAUCUGUGUUCAUAGAGAUAGUUUUGUAAUUUGUGGCACCAUCAACGUUUUGUUUUUGCAUUUUAACCAUAAAUACAACAUUGAUAACAUCCUUUUUUUUCCUCCCUCUCGUUCAUAAACUUUGUUUCAACAGCUAUCAAUAAAAUGUAAAGUGUCUUUGAAUUAAUUAUAUUUUAAUAGCCGGACUGAUCUCAAAAAAUGUUUAUUAAUAUAAGACAAACUACUUCAUGUUAGCACAGACAAUUUUAAACACACAUGGGUAUUAAGAAAAGGUCAACAGUACAAGGACACCACACUUACACUUUUGGGCUGUAGGAUUGCUUGAAGAUAUAAACUGGCCUGUAUUUAUUGACCAUUGUAAAUGUGUGAUUACCUCAAUGAAAUUACAAUAUACGUUC